CGUAACACACAAGAGGGGUUGGUUUGCUGGUUACCCAUCCUUGACACGAUGGGCAGCCAGGGCAGCCCGGUGAAAAGCUACGACUACCUGCUCAAGUUCCUCCUGGUCGGAGACAGCGAUGUGGGCAAAGGAGAGAUCCUGGACAGCCUGCAGGAUGGAUCAGCCGAGUCACCAUAUGCAUACAGUAGUGGUAUCGACUACAAAACCACCACCAUCCUUCUGGACGGGAGGAGAGUGAAGCUGGAGCUUUGGGACACCUCGGGACAGGGGAGGUUCUGCACCAUCUUUCGCUCGUAUUCCCGCGGGGCUCAGGGGAUCCUGCUGGUGUACGACAUCACCAAUCGGUGGUCCUUUGAUGGAAUCGACAGGUGGAUUCGAGAGAUUGAUGAGCAUGCUCCAGGCGUGCCUCGAAUCCUUGUCGGCAACCGCCUGCACCUGGCCUUCAAGCGGCAAGUUCCCACCGAGCAGGCGAGGGCGUACGCCGAGAAGAACGGCAUGACCUUCUUCGAGGUGAGCCCUCUCUGCAACUUCAACGUCAUCGAGUCCUUCACGGAGCUGUCGCGGAUCGUCCUGAUGAGGCACGGCAUGGAGAAGUUCUGGAAGCCCAACAGAGUGUUCAGCCUGCAGGACCUGUGCUGCAGGGCCAUCGUGUCGUGCACGCCGGUCCACCUCAUCGACAAGCUCCCGCUGCCCGUCGCCAUCAAGUCCCACCUCAAGUCCUUCUCCAUGGCCAACGGGAUGAACGCGGUCAUGAUGCACGGACGCUCCUACUCGCUGGCGAACCCGGCCGGCGGCUCCAAGGGCAACAGCCUCAAGCGCUCCAAGUCGAUCCGUCCGCCGCAGAGCCCGCCGCAGAACUGCACCCGCAACAACUGUAAAAUCUCCUAAUGGAGAGACUGAGAGGGGGGCAGCGGGUUAGAGACUAUGACUUGAUUGACAGCAUGUGGUCAGCACACGGGAUAUACAGGUUGGUAUUUAAAAAAGAAAAGGAGCAGCGCGUCCCUGAACCCUGAAGAGCUGAAGAGCAGGAUGAUGGAUAAAGGGAUGGAUGAGCACUACCUCUCACCUUUUUGUGUUAAAAUAAAUAUUAUCCAGGUGGAGACGGGGCCCCGAGCGUCGCCUCACAAUACCAGAACGACCACAAACAUUUUUUCUCUCCACGGACCUGAUUCAGAGACUCUAGAUUCUCUCCUUGUCCGCUAACUACGUGUACAGAAAUCCCUCACAAGGCUCCGCGUUCGGUUCCUCGACAUGAAGCACCCUUUGUGUCGGUGCAAUCACCUCAAGAUCACUUCUUUCCUUUUUUUUUUUUUGUGUUGUGUUUCUUUCCGUCUUGUCUGUCCGUGUAUAUCCGCACCUUUUUUCUCUCUCUACAUUGGAUGUUUAAUGACCGAUAAGCUAAAGAACGAGACACUAAUACGCAGUCUGUCCGUUACUUAUCAUUAUUUAUCCCCCAGCUGGUUGUGUUUGAACACUCAUUUGAAAAGGUCUUUGUUUGAUUCACAAACAACACUUUAGGGAGGGGAAUCUUGGGUACCAGACGGCUGAAAGUUUCCAUCCAGUUUGAGGUGAAGUUGACUCCGCCCCCUGACUUCCCUGAAAAGACGUAACCUGAACUAGGAGCUAGGAGAAACGGUGAAAUAUUAUUAUUUGAUAGUAAAUCUCUGAUUAUGAAGGAUGCUGCAAAUUUGACGAGUUUCUUGAUACUUCAAGUUAUAUUUCUAACAUGCACCAAAGUUGACUGUCACCUUUCUUUUUACUCCUGUUAGUAAUUGACCCUAAUGGU